UUUAAUUUCAUCCACAGCCGUUCACACAAAAUGGCUGUGCUGUAACGCAAGACUGCCUCCAGACAAAAAGGUUAUGGAAAGCAACAGAGUUAUGUGAAUUAUAUCGGCUUACUUUGGACCUUGUUUUUCUCUGGGCGGGAGAUUGGAGUUCAUAACACAGCCAUGGAUGUGAGCACCUCUCUGAAGAUGAGCUCUCUGACCACCCAGAGUCUCUUCAGCUAUGUGGAGGAGGAAAACCUUUCGGCCAUCAAAGCUCAUCUGGACAAGUACAGAGAGGUGGACACCACAAGUGAAAACGGCCAGACUGCGCUCAUGCUGGCCUCAGAGCAGGGCAGUCUAGAGAUCGUGCAGGAGCUCAUCCGGAGGGGAGCAAAUGUCAACUUGGAUGAUAUUGAUUGCUGGACAGCACUUAUUUCAGCUGCUAAAGAGGGACACACUGAAGUGGUGAAGGAACUCCUGGAGAACAAUGCCAAUGUGGAGCAUCGCGACAUGGGGGGCUGGAGCGCGCUCAUGUGGGCCGCUUAUAAGGGUCGUGUGGAGGUGGCACGUCUACUGCUGGAGAAAGGAGCAAACCCCAACAUCACCGGACAGUACAGUGUUUACCCCAUCAUAUGGGCGGCAGGAAGAGGCCAUGCGGAGAUCGUUCAGCUGCUGCUUCAGCAUGGAGCCAAAGUCAACUGCUCUGACAAGUAUGGCACCACACCCCUGAUCUGGGCAGCCAGGAAGGGCCAUUACGACUGUGUGAUGCAUCUGCUGGAGAACGGCGCCAAUGUGGACCAGGAGGGAGCGAACUCAAUGACUGCACUCAUAGUGGCCGUGCGAGGUGGAUUCACUGAGGUGGUGAAGGAGCUGCUUAAGAGAAACCCCAACAUGAAUAUGACUGAUAAAGACGGAAACACUGCGCUGAUGAUUGCUGCUAUAGAGGGCUACACCGAGAUUGUCCAAGACCUGCUGGACGCGGGGACAUACGUCAACAUCCCUGACCGGAGUGGUGAUACUGUGCUUAUCGGAGCUGUCAGAGGAGGUCAUGUGGAGAUCGUUCGAGCUUUGCUUAAUAAAUAUGCUGAUAUUGAUGUCAAAGGCCAGGACGGUAAGACUGCCCUGUACUGGGCUGUGGAGAAAAGUAAUGCAACCAUGGUUCGAGACAUUCUGCAGUGCAACCCUGACACUGAGGCCUACACCAAGGAUGGAGAGACUCCCCUCAUAAAAGCUACCAAGAUGAGAAACAUGGAAAUUGUGGAGCUACUUUUGGACAAAGGUGCCAAAGUGUCAGCAGUGGACAAGAAAGGUGACACAGCUCUGCAUAUUGCCAUUCGUGGGAGAAGCCGCAAACUCGCUGAGCUGCUCUUGAGGAACCCUAAAGAUGGUCGUCUGCUCUACCGGCCCAACAAGGAAGGAGAGACACCCUACAACAUUGACUGCACUCACCAGAAGAGCAUCCUCACCCAGAUAUUUGGAGCCAAGCACCUGUCUCCCUCUGAGUGUGACGGGGACAUGCUGGGUUAUGACCUGUACAGUAGCGCUCUGGCAGACAUCCUGAGUGAGCCCACCAUGCAGCCGCCCAUCUGCGUGGGGCUUUACGCCCAGUGGGGCAGCGGCAAGUCCUUCCUGCUUAAGAAACUGGAGGAUGAGAUGAAGACGUUCGCCGGGCAGCAGGUGGAGCCGUUGUUUCAGUUCUCGUGGUUGGUGGUGGUUUUGACUCUGCUGCUCUGUGGAUCUGUGGCUCUGGUCCUCGGCUUUGCCGUCGACACUAAACUGGCCAUCGCUGUGGCCCUCAGCCUUCUCACCUUAUUGUACAUCUUCUUUGUGUUGGUGUACUUUGGUGGGAGAAAAGGAGGGGAGAGUUGGAGUUGGGCCUGGGUCCUCAGCACCAGACUGGCCCGUCACAUCGGCUACUUGGAGCUUCUUCUCAAACUCAUGUUCGUCAAUCCCCCCGAGCUUCCAGAGCAGACCACCAAAGCCCUGCCUGUCAGGUUUCUGUUCACGGACUAUAACCGUCUGUCGAGUGUGGGAGGGGAGACGUCCAUGGCUGAAAUGAUAGCCACUCUGUCCGAUGCCUGUGAGAGAGAGUUCGGCUUCUUGGCCACCAGACUUUUUAGGGUCUUCAAGAAUGAUGAAACUCAAGGUGUGAAAAAGUGGAAGAAGACAUGUUGCGUCCCCUCCUUCGUGCUCUUUGUGUUGACGUCGGGCUGUCUGAUCACAGGCAUGACUCUGCUGGCCAUCUUCAAGGUGGACGUAGAGAACCUGACGGUGAACGCGGUUCUGAUCGCCAUGGCCAGUGUGGUGGGUCUGGCCGUGCUGCUGAACUGUCGGACCUGGUGGCAGGUGGCGGACUCUGUGCUGCACUCUCAGAGGAGGAGGCUCCUUAACGCUGCCAACAGCAUGCAUAAGCUCAAGAGUGAGGGAUUCAUGAAGGUUUUGAAGUGUGAAGUGGAGCUCAUGGCUAAAAUGGCUAAAACCAUCGACGGCUUCACUCAGAAUCAGACCCGACUGGCUGUCAUCAUCGAUGGCCUGGAUUCCUGUGAACAAGACAAAGUGCUACAGAUGCUUGAUACGGUUCGGGUGCUCUUCUCUAAAGGUCCCUUCAUCUCAAUCUUUGCCAGCGACCCUCAUAUCAUCAUCAAGGCCAUAAACCAGAAUCUCAACAGUGUGCUACGUGACUCCAACAUCAACGGCCACGACUACAUGCGAAACAUCAUCCACCUGCCCGUGUUCCUCAACAGCCGUGGCCUCAGCACUGUCAAAAGGCUCUGCAUUUCCACACCAGCCAAUGCGGAUCAGCUGAACUCUGAUGUAUGGCAAGAGGACAUGGACAGGAAGUUGUCUCAGAACAGUCUCGGCGAGCAGGGCAGGCAGGGCAGCAAAACAGCGCUGAACCGCCGGGACACGUACCGCAGGAGACAGAUGCAGCGCUCUGUCACGCGCCAGAUGUCCUUUGACCUGACCAAGCUGCUGGUCACCGAAGACUGGUUCAGUGACAUCAGCCCUCAGACGAUGAGGAGGCUGCUCAACAUAGUGUCAGUCACAGGUCGCCUACUUCGAGCAAAUCAGAUAAUUUUUAACUGGGACCGACUAGCGUCCUGGAUCAACCUGACGGAGGAGUGGCCGUACCGCACAUCCUGGAUCAUUCUCUUCCUGGAGGAAACUGAUGGAGUCUCAGACCAGAUCACACUGAAGACCAUCUAUGAGAGGAUUUCUAAAAACAUCCCCACCACUAAAGAUGUAGAGCCUCUGUUGGAGAUCGAUGGUGAUAUUCGUAGUUUUGAGGUGUUUCUCUCAUCGCACACCCCUGUUCUCACCGCUCGUGAUGUGGAGAUGUUCCUGCCUUGUACCGUCAACCUGGAUCCCAAACUAAGGGAGAUCAUCGCAGAUGUACGAGAUGCACGAGAGCAGAUGCACCUUGGAGGAGUCAGCUAUCCCACACUGCCCCUGCAAGAUGCUUCCUUACGGCCGCACUCCACAUUUGGGCAGCACUCUUUGGCCUGCUCUCCCACAGGCUCUUUCCCCGGCUCUUUCCCUGGCUCUUUCCCCGCUGCUGGAGUGUUGCCGGCCGCUCAGCCCCACAGCAGCUACUUUAGUGGGCUUACGGGACCCCAACAUCCCUUCUACAACCGGCCUUACUUCCCUCAUCAUGUUUAUCACCUGCCCCGACAUUACCCUGGCAGCCCCCAUCACGCCCCCUCACGCCCUGCUACUAAACUCUAUAAGGACCCCAGUCUGGGACUAGAUGUAAUCAGAGAGGACUCCAGUGAGGGUCUUCCCUCUCCUACAUCCCCUUCUAUGAUAAAAUCUCAGCCCUUCAGAAUGAAGCAGGGCUCUGGUUCUGUGGUUUCUAGUGGAUCUCAGGUCCUCCUCAGUUCUCUGAGCAUCGAUGGUGUAUGUGAGAAGCUCAGACAGAUCCAGGGCCUGGACUCCAGCAUGCUGGAGCAGUAUAUCGGCACAGUCAAAAAGGCCAACGUGAACGGCCGGGUUCUGUCUCAGUGCAACCUUGAUGAGCUCAAGACGGAAAUGAACAUGAACUUUGGAGACUGGCAUCUCUUCAGGUCCAUGGUUCUAGAGCAGCGUCAUGUGGAGAACCAGCUGCUACGUGAUGAAUCGGGAGCGUGCAGCGAGCAGAGCAGCAGCGUGUUGACUCAACUCGAACCCCACAGACCCUCUGAAGCGCCACAAGACGUGACCAUCAACCCAGAAAACUUCACGUACAGCCUCAACCUAAGCUUUGAAGAGCUCAGCGGUGUGGGGCUGGAGGAAUCUGCCAGACAACACAAUGCCCACUGGCUGGCCAACACUCACCGGACACCAAGCAUAUCCAGUCUGAACUCUCAGGAAUCAUCUAACGACAUCUGCAAGCUGACCGACAAGCAGCAAGCCGAGUAUCACAAUGCUUACCAGGAGUACAUCUCGCACAUGUCCCAGCUGGAGAUAUCUGCUGCUGGACGAGAGAGUCCCGCUCAAGCCCUGUCCAGCCAGUUCCUCACAGCCAGCUCUGAGGAGAAGACUAAGGAAGGUGAGCAAGAUGGGCGCAAACCCUUUGCCAAAAAGAGCUCCAAACCUGCAGACACUAUGGUGGACUUCUCCUCCGUCCCAGACGGUGCUCUUCUAGAUCCCAUUACGGAGGAGGAUGAGAAGUCAGAGCAUGGGUCCGCUUCUAAAAUCCCACCCAGACGCAAGACCAAAGGACAGGGACCAUCUUACCACAGCAUACCGAGCGAUGAAGAAGAUUCAGGUGAGGAGGAGACAGACGCCACCCCACUGCUGAGAGAAGAACCCUGGGCUGCUGAACCAGAUCUAAGCCUCUUAGCUAAAGGGAAGAGCUUCAUCUCAGACAUCAUGCUGGACAAGAAAUCAUCCGAUUCUGGAGUGAGGUCCAGCAGGAGCUCAUCCGACCACUCGCUGCAAGAUGAGGAGAGCGAAGCGGCUCAGGAGAAGGAGAAGUCUGGUGAGAAGAAAGAAGAGGAGGCGCAUCUGAUCGAGCUGGUUCUUGAGAGUCCGGUUAAGAAACGAGUCUUACCACACAGGCUGAGUAACCUUCAGGAUGAGGCUGUGGCCCGGAUGUCCAUCUGCUCUGACGCUCCAUCUGACAGCAGUAGCCCUGAGGAGAGCUGGCCCACUUCAGCCGUGAGCAACCUCAACUGCUCACCCGACAAUACUGCGCUCAACAACAACAUCAACAACAGCACCCAGCAGGAGACGCCCGACUCCACCGACUGCCCCUCCAUCAUUAUACGACCAGGAUCCAGCACCGAAACCACCACGCUGCCAAACCAGAACCUGCGUGGAGUCCACCGGAAGAGGUCCACCGGUCCCACCACCGAUGCUGCUGAGGAACGAGAGAGUGUCCUGUGAGACUAACAAGGUUUCUUACUAACUUACUGUAAAAAAGUCUAACAACUGCAAAGAUUCAGAGAAACUGUGUUUUCUGUGUUGACUCUGAUUAGGUUUGUUUUUAUAGCUAACACAAAUUAAAAAUUACCCUUCACUGCGGUUUCUUAAUCAGUAUUUUUGGCUACACUCUUAAAAAUAAAGGUGCUUUAAAAGGUUCUUCACAGCGAUGCCACAGAAGAACCAUUUUUGGUUCCACAAAGAACUAUUCAGUCAAAGGUUCUUUAAAGAACCAUCUCUUUCUUACCUUUUUAUAAUCUGAAGAACCUUCUUUAUGGAACCAUUUAGACAAAAAGGCCUCGUGAAGCACCUUUAUUUUUAAGGUGCUAUUAUUAUAUUUUUAAAACUAUAGUUUUGCAUGAGAGAUAUUUAAAGGUCCAUAAAACAGGAAAUUGAUGAUUAGUAAAAUGUUAUAAAAUCAUUUAAGCAUAACAUUUAUAAAACCUAAAAUUGAUGGUUUACACUUAAAAGGAACUUUUUUAAAAAUAAUUUUAAGUACAAUUCAUUAACAUUAGUAAAUUCAUUAGGUAACACAAUGAAAAAUGCUUUUACAGCUUUAUUAAUUUAGGUUCAUGUUAAUUUUUGCAUAUUCAUAUUUCAACCUUUUGUGAAAUGGAAAGCUUCUUCAGUUGUUAAAGGUUCUUUAUGGAACCAUUUAGACAAAAAAGGUUCUUCUAUGGCAUCAUGAAGCACCUUUAUUUUUAAGAGUGUAUAUUUAAAAAAUGUCAGUAGGUGUUAGUUUACCUAAUGUGCUGAUUAAGGCUAAUGAAUUGAAGCUUAUUGUAGUGUUACUGAAAAAAAAGGUCUGAAAACAAGCCUUAUUAUAUUACACAAUCUUGUUUUAUCCUCUCAUCCAUCUUGACAUUUAGAUUUUUUUUUUUUUAACUGGAAAACAAAUUUAAAAUACUGAUUAAGAAGAUGCAGUGUAAAAGUGUGAGAACUGUCAUUGUUGCUGUUUUUGGAGUGGUGCUAAAAAAGCAAUAAACGGAGGCUGUGAAGCUGUUCGUAGUUUCUGAUUUGUUUAGUGCAAAUCCUGUUAUUUCAUGCUCCGUUGCUAACAUUAAAGAUCUAGAGUAGGUUGGUCCACAAUAUUCAAAUCCAUCAAGUAGAGUGGGGAUUUAACCACAUAGAGUUAGUGCUGGUGUUUUUGCUGUGAUCGGUGAUGUGAAAGCUGUUAUUUAUUUGUGAUUGAAUGCCCGGUUCACAUUCAGGCCAUCCUUGUAGUUUGAAUUCUGCCUUGUAGUGUUUAGAGUGAAUCUAUUUGUGAUCAGUGUUAUGUCAAGAGAAAAACAAGAAAUAAUAGAGGUUUCUGUGUAUGAGUAUCCUCAGUGUUUUCUCACAUUAAUAAACUUUCUUUUGAGAAUUCAUUUUAUAUUAGAAAUAAUGCAUUAUUAUAUUUGAAAAUAAAAAUCAGACACAUUUGAAGUUAAUCUCUACUAAAUGUAAGCUUUGUUUGUUAGUGUGUGCUGAUGGAUUGAACACUAAAAUCAUAACAUUUAAAAACUUUUAUUUUAAAAUUGCAUACAUUUGUGUAUUUUGAUGAGACUUGCUAACUGCCAAUCAUUUCCCCCAUAAACCAUGAAACUGAAACUAUCAUUGUUUUUCUGAGGUGAAGUCUGGCCGCCAGCAGGUGGCACACUCUUCAUAUCAACAACACCUAAUAGAGGUUUAGGCUGCAUUUGAGAAUCAACCUUUAAUUUUUAAAUGUACACUUUGCAGAAAUGUAUGAAAUAAAGAGAAGCGCAUACCACUAUUAUCUUUUUUUUCUGUAGUUAAAUAGUUUUCCUGAAUUGCAUCCCACAAAAUGACUUCCUUCAAAUGUGUGCUUCACACUAUAAAUUAAAUCUAUUUUUUAGUGUUUAAUGUGCUAACAUUGAGAAUUGAUCAGCUUUAUUCACAAAAUUUUAGUCCAGGGGAUUUGGUGUACAGUUCUGAAUAAUUAGUUGAAGAUGUAAAAAAUUGAUUGUAAUAAAAAUCACUAUCCAA